AUGGCUGCAAAGAAGGAGGCAGAUCAAAGGUGGGAUCGUGCAUAUGGUCCAAAAAUUGUAGGGAUAAUUAAGAAGGCUAAAGCAGACACGAGGAAAUGGCAACUGACUGGAAUUCCCUGUGCACAUGCCGUUUCUGGUAUGCUAUCAAGGAGAAUAGAAAUAGAUGAAUUUGUAGAUGAAUAUUACAAGAAUGAGAGAUAUCUGAUGGCAUACAACCCCGUGAUUCAGCUAAUGCCAGGGUCCGAACUUUGGCCUGAAUUAGGGAAACACCCAUUGAAACCACCAGUGAAGAAGAAGCAGGCAGGCAGGCUUAAAAAGCUCAGAAAAAGAUCUCAGACCGAACCACCCGCUAGAGUUAAAAUGACUCGAAUAGGCAUACAAAUGACGUGUAGAAGGUGUGGAGAAGCUGGACACAAUAAGAGAACAUGCAUUGCACAGGCGUAG